AGACGCGCGGUGUCGCCGAACGGGUUCGAUCGUCUACGAACGAACACCCGCGAUCGAACGCCUCACAUUUAAGCAUGCGCUAGUGCGGCCGGGUUCAUUAUUCGCGUUCCAACUCGCCGCCGUGUACGUAGUGCGUACGGACACCCUGAUUUCCUAGCUAGGGAAGCUUGUUUAGUGUGGUUCCUUCGACGAUAAAGUCACAGCGUACAAAUUUUACAUCAACUCGGCGAGUACACACAGCUGUAAUCAAUAAUGGCACGAGUUGUGACCGUUCUAGUGCUGAUAAUGGCUGCAGUGCUGCUGGCACAGUUCAAAGGUUCUUUCGGUGCAUCGUUAAACAGUGGCAACGCAGUGUCUCCCUGUCCCGCCAUCUUCCGGUACGCCACCGACAGUGUAAAGCAACAAAUUUAUGGUUUCGUGGAUACACGUGAGCAGCAGGUGGACAAGAUCGGCAAGCUGGAGCUGCAUCUCUCAAUUGCAGGCGAGCUGCAUUCGAAGUACGUCGGCUCGAUUGAAGCCAUCGAAGACAGUGCCCAGAUAUUGGAACAGUUCGGUAAAGGUCGCGGCGUGACCUAUCGUGUGAACUUCCCGCUUCAGGAGCCACUUCCAAAAAUAACGAAGAUUAUCUUUAACGAGCGGGAACUUUGCAAUGGACCGGCAGAACGCGGUUCCUUCGUCAGUGCCGUCACGCUUCGGCACUUUCUGCGAUCCGACUCGUGCAAGGAUAACUGUGACCAAACCAAGCUGAUACCAACGAAUCUCAACCUUCAGCUGAAGCCCCCGGUGCCUACGACUGCAGUAAUCGCACCGCCAGUUUCGGUUCCGAAGCUAAAGGAAGGACCCGAUUCCACCCAGAAGCUCACCGGAGAAACGCCGGGAGUUCAGCACGAGUAUCAGCGCACGAUCGAGCGUAAGGAGGAAACGAACAAUCCGCUGGACAACAGUACAUCGGUGAAGUAUAUCCGGGAGGAGAUCACCUAUCGCAAGCAGGUCAUCACACCGGGUGGUGCAACGUCCCUGCAAGACGAUGAACUGCAGCUACCCUCGUUCGUGAGUGGCAAACUAACGUAACCACCUUCGCGGCGAAUGGGAAGCCACUGCAGCGGAAGUCGCCGAACGACGUUAGAUAGAUCAUAGUACAUCACCGUGCCAGGGGAAAAUACACAACUUAUGACCAAGGCCAUUCGCGGCCUACCACUUAAUUCGGUUUGAAUAAAGCUUUUUUUUCGUAAUCACAGUAAAAACGG